GUUAUGGUAUUGCUACUCCAAAGGGUUCACCUUGGCGUGAUAAAAUUUCUCUAGCUAUUUUGGAAUUACAAGAAAAAGGCGAUAUUCAAAUGCUGUAUGACAAAUGGUGGAAAAAUACUGGUGAAACUUGCAUAAGAAAUCGCAAUAAUAAAAAAUCUAAAGCUAAUGCUUUAGGCCUUGACAAUAUUGGUGGAGUUUUUGUAGUUUUAAUUGUUGGCAUUGGAUUUGCUAUUUGCGUUGCAAUGUUUGAGUUUUGGCAACAUUACAAAUUUCAACAAAAAGAGCUGGCCGAAUUUCUGUCUCGACCACCCGAUGAUGAUCUACAAAAAUCUCAACAAUACGUUGAUGUAGAGCAUAAUAUUAAAGUCACUUCACAUCAGGAAUACCAUUAUCAGUCCCACCAAUAUAUCACGCAGCCUGUGCAACAUCAGCGUUCACUAUGGAUUGAAAUGUUUGAUGAGUUUCAUUAUGCCCUGCGUUGUAUGGAUAGACGUCAGAGACCAGCUCUAAAACGGCGUUGUUCACAAUGCCAUUUGUUUAAGUCAGUGACACGUAAUGAUAUUAUUGCAACUACAGAAGCAACAACAACAAUCAACAGCAUUAAUAAAAGAAGAACUAAGCAAACAAUAAAAACAACUUUAAAAUAAUAAUUUUACAUUUUCAUUGUAAUAUUUUCUCACGUAAAAAGCAAAUAAAAACCUAUGAGACAAACAAAUUAGA